GUAGAUUGACUGGAAGUAUUUGAUAUGAUUGAGCUAAAUCUUGUGUUUUACACUAUUAUUUUUUAAAUAUUUUCUGUUACUGCUACCACACGAAGAUGAAAACAGCAGCGAGGAAUUUUACUACAACAAAGAGAGGAUUUGUCUCCUUCCUUCUCUCUUUAACAGUGGUACAGGCUCAGAGUGACUGGAGAGUGACUUACUCUUCCUCUCAGAUCUGUGCUGUGGAAGGAUCAACAGUGGACAUACCAUGUUCUUACACAUAUCCAUCCAGAGGGAAUGAGCAUGACACCGUAGUUUGGAGAUCUUUCUGGUUUGUGAAAAUGAAUGGAAACAACCCUUUGGAUCUGAGAAACCACCCAGAUUACAGAGGUCGUGUGGAGUAUCACGUUCAUGAUAACAGCUGCACCCUGAGGAUCACCAACAUCAGACAGAGCGACUCAGCUGAGUACAGAUUCAUGUUCAUGACAAACCAACCAGAGGGAGGAGUUACUGGCUCACCUGGAGUCACUCUGUCAGUCACAGGUAACAAUUUUCAUUAAGUUUUUUUUUUUUUUUUCUGUUCCACUAAAUGUCUGCUCUUUGGAUGCUUUUUCUUUGUUAC